UUGAACUUGAUUCUCAGACAAACCCCAAUUCACCGUUAAUAUAUAUUACAUUGAUCUUCAACCCCCACAUUAAUUACAAAACAAAAACAUGGAAAUUCUGUCUCAAAUGUGGUCUCUUUUAGGUCUUCUCACCGUCCUCCAAAACAUCCUCCCUACUCAGCUCAGCGCUUCUCUUCACUCUUUAUACGAAUCCCUCCAAGAUUUCAUCACCCCCUACGCCUACUUCGAUGUGCCAGAGUUUAACGGUUACUGCGCUGUCGACCUCAACGACCUCUACCGCCAUGUCAACCUCUACCUCAACUCCCUCCACUCCGCCGCCGCUUCCUGCCGCCGCCUCACCCUCUCCCGCUCCAAGUCCUCCAACAGAAUCUCUUACUCCGUCGCCCCCAACCACACCGUUCACGACUCCUUCGAUGGCCACCGCCUUUCCUGGACCCACCACGUUGAGACCGUCCAAGACUCUCUUGACGAGAAGCGGAGCUUCACGCUCAAGCUCCCCAAGCGUCGCCGGCUCGCACUUCUUGGUCCCUACAUCGACCAUGUGACGGCGCGUGCGCAGGAGUUCGAGCGCGUGUCCCGCGAGCGCCGCCUCUUCACUAACAAUGGCCAUGGCUCCUACGAGUCCGGGUGGUCAUCCGUGCCGUUCCGUCACCCUUCGACGUUCGAGACGCUGGCUCUCGAGCCGGAGCUGAAAAACCAGCUUGUCGACGACUUAACGGCGUUUGCUGACGGCAAGGAGUUCUAUCAGAAAAUUGGACGUGCAUGGAAAAGAGGGUAUUUGCUAUACGGACCGCCGGGUUCAGGGAAGUCAUCUCUCAUCGCCGCCAUGGCUAAUUUUCUCUGCUACGACGUGUAUGAUCUUGAGCUUAGUAAAGUUGCAGACAAUUCUGAGCUCAGGGCUUUGCUGAUACAAACUACCAAUCGUUCGAUCAUCGUGAUUGAGGAUAUAGAUUGCUCAAUUGAUCUAACAGGAGACAGACUGACAAAGACUAGAAGAUCAUCAUCAUCAUCUAUAGCCAAGAAAGCUCGCACCGCCAGUGACCAUGGAGAAGAGAACGGGCGGGUGACGUUGUCAGGGCUUCUGAACUUCACCGACGGGCUAUGGUCUUGCUGCGGGGAAGAAAGGGUGAUCAUCUUCACCACAAACCACCGGGACACUGUCGACCCGGCGCUGCUUAGAUGCGGUCGCAUGGACGUGCACGUUAGCCUUGGCACGUGCGGGGUGCAUGCAUUCAAGCAGCUGGUCAAGAACUACUUGGGACUCGACUCACACAUGCUAUUCGACGUGGCGGAGAGCUGCGUGAGGGCCGGCGGAGCCCUCACGCCGGCUCAGAUAGGGGAGAUCUUGUUGAGAAACAGGCGAGACGCCGACGUGGCGCUCAAGGCAGUUGUGUCGGCCAUGCAAGCCAAGAUUUUGGGUUGUGAUGUGGAGGCAGAGGGGGAUGAGGUGGCGAAAUCGCCGGAGAGGGCGGGGGGUUCGCCGGAGAAUUGGGAGGGGUGGCCGGAGAAGAUUGGAGGGAAGAAGUUGAGGAAGGAGAAGUCAUGCAGCGGGAAUUGGGAGAGUAAGGUUAAGUUUCUUGUGAGGUUGAGGUCAUUGACCAAGUCCGAGUCUGGAAGGAGAGGAGUUUGAAGAUCACUAAUUAUAAUUGCAGAUUAAUUAAGAUGGUAAGUGGGUGAUUAGUGUACUCAAGAAAUUGUUUAGUACUAGGUUGUUGUCUAGAUUUGCUUCACUUUUUGCUCUUAUAAUUAGUGUAAGUUUCCUUUCCAAUGAGAAAAAAGUUUAAAAUGCCCCAGCAAAUUUAUAUUGUGAACAUCACAUUUGUGAA